AUGUUUGACGAUUAUGUAGAGCAUACAUCCUCCUCUGUACCUGGACCGGGGCUCGCCCACGGAUCCCUCCCUCCACUGCAGUACGAAGGAUUUGAGCCCUCUCCCUAUGACCAGGAUGACGCGCGUGCCGAGAUGUACCAAGACAGAACAGACGUGGCCCCACCAGCCGCGCCCAUAUUCCAGCUAGGCGAAGUCCAGUGUCCUCUAUCCGCAUCUCUGGUUUCGCUCGUCGUCUCCUCGGACUCCUUGUACAUGGGUCUAGCCAACAACCUCAUCAUCCAGAUUGAGCUGUCGCGCGCGGAGCAGUUCAUCAGGAUUCAAAUCCCUCGCAAACCUGCCGAAUUCACCAUCUACAAGCUCUUCCUUGAUCCGUCUGGUAGACAUCUCUUGGUCACCUCCGUUCAGGGCGAGAACUGGUACUUCUACCGUGGAUGGAAGAAACCCCGCCAGCUGAAGAGCUUCAAGAUGAUUAUUGAAACCGUCGCGUGGAACAAGGCUGCUCUGCUUUCAUCUUCGCAUUCAACGUCGACACGGGAGCUGCUCAUUGGAGCGAGGAACGGAACCAUCUACGAGGCUGUUUUGGACGCGGAGGAGGACUUCUUUAAAUCACAAGAAAGGUACCUUCAGCCUGUCUUCACCCUUCCAGAGCGGCAUCCCGUGACGGGUUUGAAGUUUGACCUAUUCCCUCCCAUGGAGCCGAAGAAGGCCUUGGUGCUCGUGACAACAGCAACACGCAUAUACCAGUUUGUUGGCAUCCCAGACAGACGUUCCGAGGAGGGUGGUCGUGUAUUCUCCGCCUUGUUUGGAAGUUACCGCGAUACUGCUCCCAAGAUUGUCGAGCUUCCGAGCAAUGUCGAAUACUCCGAAUUGCACGUAUACAAUUCGAGCGCGGACCAAGCCUACUCAUUACCCCGCACUGUGGCGUGGAUGAAUUCGGCCGGUAUCUAUCACGGUACUCUGAACUUCGAGUCAAAUUCGGAUGACCUGAUUGACGGUGCUCAGCUUCUGCCAUAUCCCCCUCAGCCGUCGUCACCAUCAAUGUCUCCUUCUAGGCAGAACAUUGGCGCGAGCACCAUUCCAAUGUCAAUGUCAUUGACGGGAUUCCACUUCUUGCUCUUGUAUCGAGAUAGGGUUGUGGGCAUAUCAAACCUCAACGAACAAUUGGCAUACGAGGAGCUUUUACCGCUGAAGCCAAAUGAGCAAGUGCGGGGCCUAACCGCCGACCCCGUACGAAGAACAUACUGGGUCUACACUGACCAGUCAAUAUGGGAGAUCGGUGUCACAAACGAACAUCGAGAUGUUUGGAAGAUAUAUCUCGAAAAGGGGAAAUAUGACGCUGCCCUCCAGUAUUCAAACAAUGCACUUCAAAGGGACAAGAUUAUGUCAGCCCAGGCGAAGGCCUUCUUCAGCGAAGCCCGCUACUUCCAAGCUGCAAGCUGUUAUGCGCAGUGCUCUAUCUCAUUUGAAGAAGUCACAUUGCAGUUUCUCGACGCGGGAGAACGUGAUGCUCUUCGAUCGUACCUCAUCUCCCGUUUGGAGCGCACACGGAGAACUGAUCUCUCGCAACGAAUGAUGCUCGCGACAUGGCUCGUCGAAUUCUACUUGAGCAAAUGCAACGAGCUUGACGACUUGGUUGCGUCGGAGUCUAUCGCCCAGGACGUGGACAACUUGUUGGCCGAGCGAACGAUUUUAGAAGACGAUCUUAGGCAUUUCUUUGAGACAUACAAGGUCAACCUGGAUCCAAGGACAGUAUACGAGCUCAUUCAGGGUCACGGGCGCACAGACAUGUAUCUCCACUUCGCAACUGUGAUUGGAGACUUCGAGCGUGUUGUCGAGCAUUGGGUCAUGGAAGAAGAAUGGGCGAAAGCCAUCGAUGUCAUCAACCGCCAGUCCGACCUCGAGCUCUACUAUCGGUUCGCCCCUGUUCUCAUGCGCCAUUCACCAAAGGAGGCUGUUGAUGCAUGGUUACGUCAACGAGCGUUGGAUCCUCUGCGCCUUGUUCCAGCUUUGCUCCGCCUUCAACACGUUCCGCGCGAUCCACUUUCCCCCAACCAUGCCGUUCGCUAUCUAAAUCAUGUCAUCUUCGAGCAAGGCAACACAUCGCCCACGAUCCACAAUUUGAUGAUCACGUUCUAUGCAUCAAGCCCUUCAGCCAUCAUGGUGACAUCUACCGGCCACCCAGAAGACGAUGGGCCCCUCUUACGCUUCUUGUCCUCGGCUCCGUCGGAUCCGCUCACCGGCAAACCCUACUACGAUCUUGACUACGCACUACGUCUAUGCAAGCAGGGCGGUCGCACGCAACCAUGUGUCCAUAUCUACUCGAAGAUGGGCUUGUGGGAGAAUAGCGUUGACCUUGCUCUUGAGAAGGGUGAUCUCGAGCUCGCCAAGAUCAACGCCGACAUGCCGGAGGACGACGACCAGCUGCGCAAGAAGUUGUGGCUCAAGAUCGCGAAGUACGUCGUUCAAGAUAAGCAGGACAUCAAGAUGGCGAUGCGCUUCCUCGAGAACACGGAUCUGCUCAAGAUCGAGGAUAUUCUCCCGUUCUUCCCAGACUUCGUCGUCAUCGACGACUUCAAGGAGGAGAUUUGUACUGCCCUCGAAGGCUACUCGGCGCACAUCGACGAGCUUAAGUCUGAGAUGGACGAGGCGACCAAGAACGCAGAGGCAAUCAAGCAGGACAUUGCCGCGCUCCAGAAGCGGUUCACCACCGUCGACGCGGCGGAAAAGUGCUCGCGCUGCGCGCUCCCACUUAUGACCCGCCAGUUCUAUGUCUUCCCAUGCCACCACACCUUCCAUGCCGACUGCCUCAUCGGUCUGACGAAAGAGUUCUUGCCCGCCCACGCUCUCCGCCGCAUCCUCGCGCUCCAGACGGAGCUCAUGAAGACCUCGCAAGCCCCUCUGGCAGGCCUGGACCGCGGCGGGCCGCCGACGAACCGCGCGCUAUCCUCGCUGACCCACAACCCGCGCCAGUCGAGCGUCCCCCGCGCGCUGCUCUCUGCCAACUUCGCCGCUGGCGUGGGCACGGGCGCCCGUGGCGUCGGUCGCAACCUUCUGUCCGCGGGUGACCGUCUGCGGGACCUGAUCAUCCCCGACGCGCUCGCUGGGCUCGUCACCGCCCCGGCAGGGUGGAUCCCGGGCAUCGGCGGCGGCGGCGCGGCGCGGCGAGACGCGGGCGAGAAGGACGCGGAGAAGGCGGAGCGGACGCGACGGGAGCUCGAGGACUUGCUCGCCGCGCACUGUCCGAUGUGUGAGAGCGUCGUCGCCGGGCUGGACAAGCCUUUCGUGCAAGCGGGAGAGGUGGACUCCAGCUGGGACCUGUGA